GUGGUUUUCCUCGUUUGACAGCAGGGGCUUGUUUUACAGCACAAAACAACAAGGAUGAAGAUUUCAAGCGACGAUGCUGUUACAGAGAUUAUCGAGGGGACGUUUCGGUAGCUGAAAUACCAUCAGCCGUAUCUCCAUUCCCCGCUGUGCGCUUCAAAAUAAACACCAGGAGACUUGAAUAUCGACUGCACUGCAGAUGAAUGUCUGUGCCUUAAGUGCCCCUGGAUUUGUUGUUGUUAGCUGCUAAUGCUAACCAUAGAAGUUGCGAGCUAGCUGGCCUAGCAAGCUAAUGGUUAAAGUGAUAGCCGCAUAUGUUUUAUUUACUUAAUAGUGUCCGCUGAGUAAACUCGGUGUUGUGUAGCUGAUGGAGCCAGUACGUAUUGGCUUCAGUAGUACAGGAACUGUAGCUUUGGUAAAGCUUUUGAAGUACCUACCGCUGUAACGUCUGUUACCGAGCUAGCUCUUCAGUUAGCCUCCACUGUUUCUGGAAAGAAUGAGCAGAAAACACCAUCACUUUAAAGGAGCAGAAGUCAGCUGCUGCGUCAAAUACUUUUUAUUUGGAUUCAACAUUUUAUUCUGGUUACUCGGAGCAGCAUUCUUGGGCAUAGGCCUGUGGGCAUGGGCGGAGAAGGGCGUGCUCUCCAAUCUGUCAUCCAUCACAGACCUUGGGGGCUUUGACCCAGUGUGGCUCUUCAUUGUUGUUGGAGGGGUUAUGUUCAUCCUCGGCUUUGCCGGCUGUAUAGGAGCGCUCAGAGAGAAUACCUUCCUGCUUAAAUUUUUUUCUGUGUUCCUGGGUUUGAUCUUCUUCUUGGAGCUGACUGCAGGGAUCCUCGCCUUUGUCUUCAAAGACUGGAUCAAAGACCAGCUCAACUUUUUCAUCAACAACAAUGUCAAGGCCUACCGCGAUGACAUCGACUUGCAGAAUCUCAUUGACUUUGCUCAAGAAUAUUGGUCGUGCUGUGGUGCUCACGGGCCUGAUGACUGGAACCUGAACAUCUACUUCAACUGUACUGAACUGAACCCCAGCAGGGAGCGCUGUGGAGUCCCCUUCUCCUGCUGUGUAAAAGACCCUGCUGAGGAUGUCAUCAACACCCAGUGUGGUUAUGAUGUUCGACUUCAAGGGGAGCUCGACCGGCAGAAAUACAUCUAUACCAAGGGCUGUGUGGGACAGUUUGAGAGAUGGCUUCAGGACAACUUGAUUAUUGUUGCUGGAAUCUUUGUUGGAAUUGCACUUUUACAGAUUUUCGGCAUCUGCCUUGCUCAAAACCUGGUGAGUGAUGUCAAAGCUGUCAAAGCCAACUGGUGACAGGAGAGGAGGUGAAACAAGGGAGGCCUGCUCCUUUAGUCCCAGCAAGGUCGACACAGCACACAGACAGUCCCGUCCACAGGAGGACGCAGAGCCGAGAACAUUUAAGUCUUUGUCCCUGAGCUGACAGCACAUACACAAUCGUACACACAGACUCGACAAGUUUACCUGCCUGAUGAUCAGUGACACUUGAAGGGGGAGAACAGAACUCCCCACAUAAACCAAACAGUCAACACUUUGUUUACCACUCAGCUGGGUUUUAACCCAAAUAUACAAAGGAUGAUUCUGCCUACUUUGGUUAGAUUCUUUUUUAUUUUUUUCUGUUUUCUCUCAUUUUGUUGUUGGACAGUGUAUUUAUCUGGGGCGCAGUUGCACAAAGACUGCUGUCAGCUGGGAGAUUGGAAGCCAUGGAGGAAAAUAACAGACAACAAAGAAACAAAGCAGAAGGGACACCAGUUUUCCUUUUUUAGGUCAAGCGUUACAUUGUCACAGAGCCUCUUUCCACUCAGCGAGGAGUUGAACAUCUCCUCCUACAAACAGCUUGUUUUAAACAUGUAUAUCCCUACAUCCUGCUGUAGGGCAGUGUGGGUGGCUGGCCAGCCAAGAAACAAAAAACAAGGAAUCCUCUGCGAGUAAUUUCUCUCCUUUGUGACCUUUUAUUAUUACCACUGAAAAGACUCAAAACGGUGGCUGGUCAAGGCUGUAACUUCAAAUCAUUUCAGGAGAUUUGACACAAAAUGUAAAAAGUGCCAUUAAUUUUCAGUGACAUUUUUGUCUUCUUCUGGUUCUUUACAUGGAAAUUCUACACCCCACCCCCUCAAUACCUCAGGGCCUCCCGAAGAUAUGUGCUUUCUGCCACCAGUAAAAAAAAAGCAUAUCUGUAUUUUUUUUCCAUCCAUAUCUGUUGAAUUUAGAUAGACUAACUUAAUGCAGGCAGUUCCUCAAAUGUGGUCUUCUUUGGCCUGCAGUGAUUGUAUUAUCUGUUGAUUUAGUGAAGGAUUUAUAGUAUACAGAGUGGCCUGGUGGGGUUAGUGUGGUAGGUCUAUACUAUAUAGGGAAAAGGUUUAAUGAUAGUAGAGAGAGUUUUUAUCUCUGAGCAUCCCUCAGGCACAUGGGAUUGCCAGUUUGGGGCCUUUUUUACUUGACUAUGUUAACACAUUUGUCUUAUAUUUUUUGCAUAAUGAAAAUAUUUUUCUGUUAAAGAUGUCAUUGUCUUCUUCCCUGGUCUGUCACAGAAAAUAGUUUUUACUCUAAAUUGAUUGUUUGACUCAAGCAGUCACCUUUUUUCCCCCGUUACCUCUGACCCAUCAGUCAACUGCAAGAUAGCUUCUUCUUCUUGUUAACAAUCCCAAUAGAGACCAAAUAGUCACAGCUAGCCACAAGAGAACUGCCAAGAUUUUGUUUGGCUUCAAUUCUGAUAUAUUAGGAAUGCUGAGAACAAAAAAAUAGCUUUUCCAGAUAGCCAAAAUGUGAAUUUAUUGUCCUUUUAAUGUUGGAAGUGCCAGUUGAAAUGGGAAAUCAGACAGAAAUUAAAAAUGAAACAAUAUUGCUUUUAUCUUUAAUUCACUGUUGUCCUUUUUUUAAGUAGAGUUGUAAAAACAAGCUGUUCUUUUUUAUAUUAGCAUCAGCCUCAAUAUAACAUGAAAGCUGCUUUUACAUUGACUAGAUAAUUGAUGUAUAGUACAGUAAACAAUCUAACAGCUAGUACCACAUUAUGGCAUUUGAAGAGCAUGUCAUGUUAUUGUUUCAAGGCUGUACGGAUAUUCAGAUUAUUUGCUUUUUCUCAAGUUUACACUUUGUUUAUGUUCCCUUUUUGAUGUCCCUUAUAUAAAAACCCUCCUCACAUUAUAUGUCGCUCUCCCAGCUUUUCAUCUCAUCAAGAUUCUCACAGAAUGUAUUUACUUUUGGACUCACGUUACUAUAUUAGACACCAGAUACAUAGCACAGGCUGGAUUUGGGUGGGAUUUACUUGACCACACACGCACUCGGCACACAAAGGAAAAACAUAUUUUUAAUUAAGGUUGAAGGAUGAGUAUAUUCUCUGAACAGGAGACCGAACUUUACGUGUUUCGCACUGUCUCUCCUCAGAAUAUACAGACAUAAUACAUCACUCUGCUGCAGCAUGAUUCCCUGCUGUGCAUACAUGUCACAUGCUGCUUUCACCCACACGCUCCAUCUUCAAAAGACUACCUGAUCUGACUGCACCUGUUCCUGAGCCUGUUGUUUAGAUGUAUUUUUAAACUCUGGGCUCGUUUGGGGGGAAAAAAAGAGAUGACAAACAAACGUCAUUGUAAGUGAGGCAUCAUGAAAAGAAUAGAUCUAAUGGAGCCCAACAUGUUAUCCCUGAAUGACUAUCCCUGUUAGAAUAGAUGAAUUUCCAUAGAAGAAGCUCUUACAUUUCAUCUCUUGAGGUGUAAUCAGAGAGUAAGAGCCUUGAGCAAUCACAGAAAGAACAUAUGCUUUUCCCCCUUCAGAUCAAAUAUAGAAACAUUAACAAGAUGAAACGGCCCGCAGUGCUCGUAAAUCCUUACCCAAAGUUCGCCUGAUGUGAGAUGAUUUUUCGUGUUUGUUUUGAGUUUUCAUCCUGUUUUUCUAAAUGUGUGUGGGCCUCUUUGAUUUCACUAACUGCUGUAAAUCAAUCCGUCCCACUCAAGUCUGGAAGAUCAGAAUGAACCCAGUGCAGUUUUUCUCCUCCCUUUACACCUUUCUGGUUUGAAAUGUGUUGAAACAUAUAAUGUGUGAUUAACAAGUUUAACAAGUCUCUCAAGUUUUUCUCUCAUCAAAUCACCCUUAAUUGGAAAUGCUUGCUCAGGGUCUUAAACGCCCCUUCUCUUCAUAGAAAACUUGUGCUUAUGCAUGCAAGAAUAUCUUUCGUUGUAUGUGCUAAAGUUGAAGGCUGAUUUCUUUUGAGAGAUGCUGAGGAUCUGGCUGAAGGCACAUGGAGGCCACGGAUGUCAGUUCUGCUGCAGUACAGCGCAGCAGCUCUUAAAUAAAAAGCCCCCUCACUCUCUCUCUCUCUUUCUCUCAGCAGCCACCGCCGUGUCUAGAUGGAUAUGCCAAUAAUCAGACAGUCACCUUGGUAAUAAGGACAAUAAGGCUAUUUUAAUCUGUGACAGCAGCAUGGCAGGGUUAUAAAAUGCAGCCGUUACAAAGGUGGCUGCUUGGUUGUUUUAAAAGCAUUCUGGGUUGUAGUCAUUCAACAUGGUGGGAUAGAGGAGGGAGAAAACAAUGCUAAUUAGCUUUGUCCUUUAUCAUAAUGGCCUUGCAUCAUGAAACACCCUCUUAAUUUCUCUGCUUUCCCCAUGGGCAGUUAAAUCAUUCCCAAGGAGGAGCCUUAUGCAUACCAUGAAUGUAUAAGUCUUUAUCGGCAUGGACCUAGUGCUCCACGCUCCGGUAGGAAAUCUACUUACCCUCAUGCAACGCAAUGCACAAGACAAAUGAAGUUAAGGAAUGUGAAAUAAAGAGUUGUCUGAAUGAAGCUUUUAUUCUGUUUUUUUAAAAUGUGUUUAAGUGAGCGUGAAAGCACAUGAGCAUUCCCUUUGUUUCCGUUCUGCGGCGUAUAUGCAGACUGACAUGGACAUUUUAUAUGCAAUCACACAGCAUUUGAAAUCUCCAGAAACAACCAGUUAAAUGAUGUCUUUCUUCUGUAGCUGCAAACAAUGUGGAUGAUUUGAAACUGUGAAAUCAUCCCCUUUGUCCAGGUUUUGAUAAUCUAUUCUUGAUAUGACUCUUCUUUACAUAUGCAUUUAUGAAUGAUUUGACUGAACUUUUUGAACUUUUUCCUUUAUGCAUAUAUCAUGAAACAACUGUCAAUGCAACUCAGUUUAUCUAUCCUGUGAUCCUUUUAUGCUUUGAAGUCGGUUAAUGUCUCGAAGCAUAUUAGUGGAUAUUUCUUCACACAUCAGACUUUCACAAGUUUUACCUCAUGGUGUGCAGACCUAGGUCACAUCAGGGCACAGGAGCUCAACAUAAAUGACCCAUUUGAGAGCAUAAUAAGAGCAAUAUAACACUUCUUAAGGACUGGUAUUUCCAAACUUGGUCAUGACACAAGCAUGAUCUGACCGGAAGGUGUUUAAGAUGGAUUUUAAAGAUAGGGAUACAGUAGUCUUUCAAACAAGGCUCAAACCACUAUAAAUGUCUUUAUAGAUGAGCAACAAAGCAUUCUAUUCAGUUCGACUCAUGAUUAUUAGGUCUUUGUGCAACAGAAUACAGCAUUCAAACUAUUAUCUAUCCAUGUUGUCAGUUUGGACCUGUCUACUCAGAUGGGUAGCCUUGUAAAGAAAUGUAUAUGAAAACUGUGGGACAUGGUCUGUUACACUGUAUAUUGUGUUAAAAUAUGCCUCUUUCAUAUAUUAAAGGAUUUAUGA